AAAUACCCAGCCCGCGGUUUACCUCGUGGCUCGUUAAGUAUACGGGUAUUCCUAGUCUUUCGAUUCAUGAUCAGCCCGUGCUGUGCCUGGAACGAGUUUGGGUGCUUCGUAUCAUACACCUAAAGGCAGGUCGCCCAUACCUUAAUUUACAAACUUCCACCCUACACUACCACUACCGCUACAACGUCACUGUUCCGAUGCCGGGCAACAAUGGGUGCUGUCAAAAUGUUCAGCCCAAACGAUCUACGGCCCACCAUCGAGAUCACCGAGUUCGUUCUCGUGACCCUUUCCACGGUAGUGAUUGCUGUUCGGUUCUACGUCCGGAAAUGGAUCGUGGGAAGGGUUGAUCUAAGUGACUACAUAAUGGCAACGGCCUUAGUCUUCACAUGGGGACUUUGCGCCUGCAACCACUAUCAGCUACUAUUUGGUUCUGGGGUUGAUUAUGACCCAGGCAGUAGAUCAAAGCUCAAUCCAGAGCAGUUAAAGACAUUGGAACGCUACGCCUUGGGUGCUGUGGCAACAUGGUACGCAUACCAUAUCGGUUAUCUGUUUAUAAUGGGUCUCAUCAAGCUCUCGAUACUUGUCUUCUACCUCGGCUUUGCAACCCAACGAACUUUCCGAAGACUGGUCCACAUAUCGAUUGUCAUCGUCACCGCUAUCACGAUAAUCUCGAUCUUCAUUGUCGCUUUCCAAUGUCCCAAGAAACCUUCCGUCGCUUUCUCCACUGCUAUACUGCGAGACAAGGGGGCCGGCCACUGUUUCGACCUAAGAAUCAUUUUCUACUGGCAAGCAGGUUGGAGUAUCGGAUCCGACGUCGUCAUUCUACUUCUUCCCAUGCCGCUUCUGUUUUCACUGCGCAUGCGAACAGCCAAACGACUAUCCGUCAUAGCCGUGUUCGCUGUGAGUCUUCUCAUUCCGAUAGCGUCUGCAGUUCGGCUUUGCGGUCUGAACCUCUGGGCUAAUAGCGGAUUGCACGCUCGGUAUUACGGCGGAUACAUCAUCUUCUGGUCCCAAGUCGAGAUCAACACAGCCAUCAUCUGCGCAUCAGCACCAUCCAUCCAACCUCUCUUCAAACGCAUCUUCAACCGAAUACUCGGCUUCCGUCAAUCUCGCAGCCCUUACUAUUACUAUGGGGCACGCAGCUCGCUUCCCGGACUUCCCGCCAUGGAAAUCGACAGAGACCUGCGAGUUCGCAGAGACAGCAUUAGUACCUUGGAGAUGCCGACUCGCGCCCAUUAUUUUUACAAAGAUGAGGCAGGUUACGGAGUUCGGGACCGAGAUAUUGAUACUCGUCCUGCGGAAGAGGAGGAGAUCAGGGCGCGGAUUCGUGCACUCACAAGUCCGACGCCUAUGGUUCUCCGGCCUGUAUCACUUUCUUCUGGACCGACUAUUCCUGACACAACCGUGCAGCCAAUAAAAUCGGAAGAUCUGCAAGGCUAUCUGGGCUGAUCCGAGGUAGCAUUAGAGACCUUUC